UUUACGGACAUAGAUGGCGUGACAUGUAACCUAAGAAAAAUGGAAGUAUUUCUAUACAAUUCCACAGUUUGCAGAUUGUGCGGAGAAGAAAAUGAUAAUGGAAAUCUUUUAUAUUCAAAUGAAGAAAAUGGCCAAAAUCUCAGUGAAAUUAUUAACACAUAUUUACCCAUUAAGGUCUCAGAUGAUGGCCAUUUACCACGAACGAUUUGCCCUGGAUGUACAAUACAGCUGGAAGCCUCGGUGGAAUUUCUGAAUUUGAUAAUAAAUGGCCAGAAAGUUAUAAGAGAACUUUACCAAAGGGAGAAAGAAUACAAGAAGUCCUAUACUUCCUCCAAUGAACCUGAUAUUAUAACUGAAAAAAUAAUUUAUGAAAUAAACACUGGUAAUGGAGUGUACCAGUUAGAGCAUCCUAUAUCUCUUCAAGUGGCUGGUUUGGAAAAGCCUAAAAGAAAAAGGGGCAGGCCUCCAAAAACACAAAAGAGCCCUGAAGAGUUGGCAGAGAAAGAUGCUCUCAAGGAGCAAGAGAAGUCCAAAAAUGAGGGUAAUGAUAGUGAUGGAACAGCUGGAAAGAGAAGAAGGAAGACACCUACAAGAUUCAAGGAAGUGGUUCAGGGUAAAGAAUUGGAGAGAAUAUUUAAAGAAGAAGGGAUGACUGAUGGUGAAGACAGUGAUAGUGAAAAGAAAGUAAGUGUAGAGCAGUCACCCACAGUACCAGAGACUAAAGAACCUCAAGUGAUAGGACACUUGGAACAGUCUGGAGAGUUAGUUGUUGUGUUGAAAGGAAAGGGCAGAGGACGCCCCAAAGGUCGUCAUCGUCAGACGCGUGAACAAUGCAUGAUCUGUGGCAUGAUGUUCUCCAGCAAUGGUCGCUAUAUGUCACACAUUGCACAACACGGUCCCGUGCUCUACCAGUGCACGCAGUGCUCCGAGACCUUUGCAACUCGACUGCGCUUCUGUGAUCACCAGACUGAGACCAAGCAUGUCGGACAGAAUAUAGUGCAGUGUAAAGAUGUUUCUAAAUCUAGUGAGAAGUGCUUAAAAUCUGGAAAUAAUGAAAAAACUGUGGAAAAUGUUGAUGAAACAACUCAACCUGUGAGUAACACAGUAUCCAUAGUGAAUGUAGACAGUAUUGUAACAGGCGAUACACAGACACAAGCACCUGAAGUGUUACCAGAUUUAAACACAACCACAGCGGUCACUAGUGAAGCGACAAAGAAAAAAGAUAAUGAGGAUAUUGUUAAAGUUGAAGAAACUAAAGUUGAGGAAAGUAGUCCAGUAGCAGAUAAUGGAGAUGAGGAAGUGUCAGCGGGGGACGUGAAGACCAAACUGAAAUGCAAUCAUUGCAACAAGGAGUUCAGCAGUAGACAGGCAAAGUCGAUGCAUAAUAAGGCGGUGCAUCAGGGUGAGAAGCCGUACAAGUGUGCGGAGUGUGGUGCAGCAUUCGGUUACCCGCGCUCUCUGUCACUUCACCGCAUCUCUCAUCGUCGUCACAAGCUCUCCGGCAAGGGAUACGCCUGCGAUCUCUGCGGGAAGGUGCUGAGUCAUCCAUCCUCAGUGGUGUACCACAAGCAGGCGGCGCAUGCAGAGCAACGCUACGUGUGCGGCACCUGCGGCAAACACUUCCGGCACAAGCAGCUGCUGCAGCGGCACCAGCUUGUGCACUCGCAGCUCAGACCCUUCAGGUGCAAGUUGUGUAAUGCAUCGUUCAAAACGAAGGCGAAUAUGGCGAAUCACCAAAUGCUUCACUCGGGCAUCAAGAAGUAUUCGUGUGAGAUCUGCAAGCAGAAGUUCUCGCACAGGACGAGCCUCACUCUGCACAUGCGCUGGCACACCGGUGUGAAGCCAUACGAGUGCAGCGUGUGCGGUAAGAGCUUUAGUCAAAAGGGCAACCUGUCGGAGCACGAGCGCAUACACACUGGUGAGAAGCCGUACCAGUGUGCGCUUUGCUCACGUCGCUUUACCACCUCGUCACAGCAUCGCCUGCAUCUGCGCCGACAUGGACCUGACCGCGACCGCACUGCGCAAUGUACACACUGCUCCUACAGGAUGCCAUCGCGCGGGCUAGUGAGCGGCUCAGUGCGUGAGGCUGGCGGGGGCUCGCGGUGUGUGGUGUGUGGUCGUGUACCCACCGAGCGCCCCCCACAACGCCCCCCACAGCGCCCCCUGCGUAAGAUCAUCCCCGCAUCUGAAAAACCACCGAUACAGACAUCGAAGCAAAUAAGUCUGCUGGUGUCUGAGAGCGAGCCGGUGUCUCCUGGAGUUGGCGUCCAGACCGAGUUGGACGCGGAACUGAACGCAGAGCUGGGUGUGCAGCUGGACACCGAGCUGGGUGGUGAUAGCGAUGGCGUCGUGUACAUAGCUUACGACGUGGACGAACCCUCCACCUCGCUGCAUUUACCAGAGGAGCUGUACUCAGGGACGCCGCUGUUGGGUACGCAGAGCGAGUUGACUCAAUCCUUGGACCUGCAGCCCGACAUAGACAAUGAGCACAGGGAACAUUUACCCGUAACGGACGAGCACGGCAAUCAGCUUCACUUCACGAUGCAGGACGGCACUCGCCUCGCCAUCACAUCCGCCGACGGCAAGUCUUUGCAGGUUGUUACGCAGGACGGACAAACUAUACCUGUAGAGAUCAAUGGUUUCGAUGAUGAAGAGGAGCUGCUGGGCCCGGAGACGGUGGUGCAUCAACUGAACCUGCAGAAGAGCGUCAACAGUAAGGCAGCGCCAAAUCUCGCUCAGUACUACACCCUCGUGUAAACUAAUACAACCACAUAAAUGUCACUAUUUUGUUUAAAAAUUUACUUUAAGUUCAUAUAAAAGUCGCUGUCAA